UCUAUGCCCCAUCUGUGUCCCAUCAAAGGAUGAACUAUUUGGCAAUUUGCGUUAUGUGGAUAGGCUAAAAGAUGGCGCAGCGGUGACUGCAUUGAGUAUCCCGUUCACACACUCCAGUUACAUCGUAAACAACUGGACAUCGCUCUUUCUCUCUCUCUCAGUGCUGUUGCGACAUUCACCCUCCGUGGUCUUCAAAUAUUCGACUGGUUAUUCCAUAGCGAUAUAGGACGGUUUUAACACAUGUAUUAUCAAUUUAUCCGACUCAAAAACGAGUUUGGGAUCGACAGACAGAAAAUGAGCCGUCUGUUGUAUACCGGAGGUUUGAAAAAUAAAUAAAUAAAUAACGUGUUUCUCUCCAUCCUGGCAGUGGACCGCGGGAGAUGCUACGGCUGCAUUGAUAGAGUUGGGAGAUUCGCACAGAAGUGACGAGGCAGCCUCAGCCGGAUAGGAUAACAACUAAGCACUUACUGCGAUAGACUGGGUCAACGUUGUUGUAUGACAGCAAGAUGCACUGACUGAGGACCGGGACAGAAAAUGCGUCGUUUGAGAGGCGAAAUAUGAACGCACAUUCCACUUUGGUUUUCUUUUAUUUGCAGGCGUUGAGACGCAGUGAUAUAUUUCCGUGGAUCUGAGCGGUUUAUGCAACUUUUCUCGGUCGUUUUUCCAUGAUAACGGCGAACCCGUGCUUGGUUUACUUGGAAUUUCACCAGGAUCAUGUGGACCCCGACGGAAGAGGAGAAAAUCGGAGUUGUGAUCUGUACAUUCCGAGGGACGGUGACCCAUGGUCUGGCUCUGGAGAUAGGAGAGACAGUCCAAAUACUGGAGAAAUGUCAAGGAUGGUACAGAGGAUUCUCCACCAGGAAGCCCACAAUCAAGGGGAUCUUCCCAACCAGCUACGUCCACUUGAAGAAGGCCAUGGUAACCAACAGAGGGCAGUAUGAGACGGUGGUAUCGCUGGAAGACCCCAUCGUGACGGAGGUGACCUCCACUCUGCAGGAAUGGGCCCUCUCGUGGAAGCAACUCUACGUGAAACACAAGGUGGACUUGUUCUACAAGUUGCGUCACGUGAUGAAUGAGCUGUUUGACCUUCGGAGACAGAUGCUGUCUGGUCACCUGACCCAGGAUCAGUUGAGAGAUGUCAAGAAACACAUCACAGUCCGCCUGGACUGGGGCAACGAACACCUAGGCCUGGAUCUCGUACCCAGGAAGGAGUUUGAGAUGGUGGAUGCAGAACAGAUCAGCGUCUCAGACUUAUACAAAAUGCAUCUGUCCAGCAGGCACAGUGUCCAGCAAAGCACAACCCAGGGUGACAGUGUGCGUCGGGGUCACGGUGUAGAGCCCUGUCGUAUCCCUGUCCCUCACCACCUGUUCAUCAGUCUAAAGAGCUUCACCUACAACACCUUGGGAGAAGACACAGACAUAUUCUUCUCUCUCUACGACCUCAGGGAGGGGAAACAGAUCAGUGAGAAGUUUAUGGUCAGACUGAACAAGAAUGGAGGUCCCAAAAAUCCAGAAAAGGUUGACCGACUGUGUGCUCUCUUCACGGAUCUAAGCAAUAAGGACAUGAAGCGGGACCUGUAUAUUGUUUCCCAAGUCAUCAGAACUGGUCGGAUGCUGCUGAAUGACUCUAAGAAGGGUCCUCCUCACGUCCAGUACAGAAGACCGUACGGCUGUGCUGUGCUGGCCAUGAGUGAUGUACUGCAGACCAUCUCAGAGCUUAAGGAGGAGAAGGACUUUGUACUCAAAGUCUACACAUGUACCAAUGAGAACGAGUGGUACCAGAUCCAUGAAAACAUCAUAAGAAAGUCCAGCACCAAGUACACAGCUCCCAGCACCAACUACGGUCUGAUCAUCUCUCUCCAGCUGCUGCGCGGAGAGAUGGAACAGAUAAGGAGAGAGAACCCAAUGAUCUUCAAUAGAGGCGUGGCCUUGACACGCAAGCUGGGUUUCCCCGAUGUCAUCAUGCCAGAGACGGAGGUAAAUUGGUGUGACAUCCGUAACGACCUGUACCUCACCUUGGAGAGAGGAGACUUUGAGAGGGGAGGCAAGAGUGUCCAGAAGAACAUCGAGGUCACCGUCAACGUGCUCCACGCAGACGGAGCGAUACUCAAAGACUGUAUCAGCCUGGGGAGUGGUGAGCCCCACAUCAGUGAACACCGCUGCUUCGUCCUCUACCACAACAACAGCCCUCGUUGGAGUGAGGUGGUUAAACUGCCCAUUCCCAUAGACUGCUUCAGAGGGUCACACCUACGCUUCGAGUUCAGACACUGCUCUACCAAAGACAAGGGGGAGAAAAAGCUGUUUGGUUUUGCCUUCACACCACUGAUGAGAGAGGACGGGACAACGCUGUCAGACGAGAGUCACGAGCUCUUUGUGUACAAGUGUGAUGAGAACGCUACGUUCAGUAACCAUGCAUUGUACCUGGGUCUGCCCUGCUGUAAGGAGGACUACAACGGCUGUCCCAACAUUCCCUCCAGCCUCAUCUUCCAACGCAGCACCAAGGAAACCCUCUGGAUCUCCACACAGCUCUCCUCCACCAAGCUCACACAGAAUGUGGACCUGCUUGCGUUGUUGAAGUGGAAGGCCCACCCAGACAGAGUGAUCGACAUCCUGGGGCGCCUACGCCACGUCAGUGGAGAGGAGAUUGUCAAGUUUCUUCAAGACAUCUUGGACACGCUGUUUUCCAUCCUGGAUGACAACACUGACAAGUAUGGUCCCCUGGUGUUCCAGUCACUGGUGUUCAUCAUUAAUCUGCUGAGGGACAGCAAGUACUAUCACUUCUGCCCCGUUAUGGACACUUACAUCCAGAAACACUUUGCUGGAGCGCUGGCUUACAAAGAGUUGAUCCGCUGUCUGAAGUGGUACAUGGACCAUUCUGCAGAGGUGGUGAAACAGAACCACAUCCAGGAGGCCAUGAGGGCUCUGGAGUACCUGUUGAAGUUCAUUAUCCAGUCUCGGAUCCUCUACUCCCGUGCUACCUGUGGUGUGGACGAAGAACAGUUCAGAGCCAGCAUCCAAGAGCUCUUCCAGUCCAUCCGCUUUGUCCUCAGUCUGGACAGCCGUAGCUCCGAGACACUCGUUUUCACACAGACUCCUCAGGUCCCCCAGCCUGCCUCUGGACAGGGACAGCCCCCAGGCCCCAUCAGCUGUACUCAGGCCUGGAGCUCCAACGCUCCUCGCCCCUCUCCUCUCUCAGCGGCGCUCCUGAACUCGUUCCCGGCCAUCUUUGACGAACUGCUUCAGAUGUUUACAGUCCAGGAAGUGGCAGAGUUCGUACGGGGCACGCUGGGCAGUAUGCCAAGUACCGUACACAUCGGACAGUCCAUGGAUGUGGUCAAACUGCAGUCCAUCGCUCGCACCGUCGACAGUCGCCUCUUCUCCUUCCCAGAGUCUCGUAGGAUCCUGCUUCCCGUGGUCCUACAUCACAUCCACCUCCACCUGAGACAGCAGAAAGAGCUGAUCAUCUGUUCUGGCAUCCUCAGCAGUAUCUUCUCCAUCAUCAAGACCAGCUCUCUGGACACCCCAGUGCAGGAGGAGGUAGAGAUGAUGGUGGAAUCUCUUCUGGAUGUGCUUCUCCAGACCCUGCUAGCCAUCAUGACCAAGUCUCAGUCCCAGGAGGCGGUAAGAGGCCAUCGCUGCCCACAGUGCACGGCUGAGAUCACUGGAGAGUAUGUGUCCUGCCUCCUAUCCCUGCUGCGUCAGAUGUCUGACAUCCACUUCAAACAUCUACUGGAAUACUUCCAGAGCAAAGAGGAAGUCAAGGAGUUCCUUCUGAAGAUAUUCUGUGUGUUUCGUAACCUGAUGAAGCUCAGUAUUUUUCCACGGGACUGGAACGUGAUGAGGCUGCUGACCAGCAACACCAUAGUGACAACUGUCCAGUAUCUGUCCCCGGCUUUGCACAAGAACUUCACCGAGGCUGACUUUGAGUUCAAGGUGUGGAACUCAUACUUCAGUCUGGCUGUUCUCUACAUCAGCCAGCCCAGUCUACAACUGGAGAACACCACCCCAGCCAAGAGGAAGAACGUGUUGGACAAGUAUGGUGACAUGAGGGUGAUGAUGGCCUACGAGCUCUUCAGCAUGUGGCAGAACCUCGGUGAAAACAAGAUCCAUUUCAUCCCAGGUAUGAUAGGUCCGUUCCUAGGUGUGACCCUGGUGCCUCAGGCGGAGGUCAGGAACAUCAUGAUCCCUAUCUUCCACGACAUGAUGGACUGGGAGCAGAGGAAGAACGGGAACUUCAAACAGGUGGAGGCAGAGCUGAUUGACAAGCUGGACAGUCUGGUGUCUGAGGGGAAAGGAGACGAGAACUACAGAGAACUGUUCAGCCUGCUAACCCAGCUCUUUGGGCCUUACCCCAGUCUGCUGGAGAAGAUUGAGCAGGAGACGUGGAGGGAGACAGGCAUCUCCUUCGUCACCUCUGUCACACGGCUGAUGGAACGUCUGCUGGACUACAGGGACUGCAUGAAAGGAGACGAGACAGAGAACAAGAAGAUUGGCUGUACUGUCAACCUGCUGAACUUCUACAAGUCAGAGAUCAACAAGGAGGAGAUGUACAUCCGUUACAUCCACAAGCUGUGUGACAUGCACCUCCAGGCUGAGAACUACACAGAGGCUGCGUUCACCCUGCUGUUGUACUGGGAGCUACUGCAUUGGGAAGAGAGGCCUCUAAGGGAGUUCUUACACUACCCAGCCCAGAGCGAGUGGCAUCGCAAAGAAGGCCUCAGUCGCAAGGUCAUCCACUACUUCAACAAGGGAAAGAGCUGGGAAUACGGAGUACCAUUGUGCAGAGAGCUGGCGUUCCAGUAUGAGACAUUAUACGACUACCAAAGCCUCAGCUGGAUAAGGAAAAUGGAAGCUGCUUACUAUGACAGUAUCAUGGAGCAGCAGCGUCUAGAGCCAGAGUUCUUCAGGGUGGGAUUCUACGGACGCAAGUUCCCCUUCUUCCUCAGAAACAAGGAGUUUGUCUGCCGUGGUCAUGACUACGAACGGCUUGAAGCCUUCCAGCAAAGGAUGCUGGGAGAAUUCCCACAAGCCAUUGCCAUGCAACACCCUAAUCAACCAGACGAGGCCAUCUUACAGUGUGAUGCCCAGUACCUGCAGAUCUAUGCGGUGACGCCGGUACCGGAGAAUGUCAAAAUUCUCCAAAUGGACCGCGUUCCAGACCGCAUCAAGAGCUUCUACCGUGUCAACAACGUGCGCCGCUUUCGAUACGACCGACCCUUCCACAAAGGAUCCAAAGACCGAGAGAACGAGUUCAAGAGCUUGUGGAUCGAGAGGACUACGCUGAUCCUCACACAUCCUCUUCUUGGUAUCUCCCGCUGGUUUGAGGUGGAGAAGAGAGAGCUGGUGGAGGUGAGUCCUCUGGAGAAUGCCACCUACGUGGUGGAGAAUAAGAACCAUGAGCUGCGGACCCUGAUCAGCCAGUACCAACACAAGCAGAUCCAUGGCAACAUCAACCUGCUGUCCAUGUGUCUCAACGGGGUCGUUGACGCUGCCGUCAACGGGGGCAUCGCCAGAUACCAGGAGGCCUUCUUUGAUAAGGAGUACAUCAGCAGCCACCCAGAAGACACAGAGAAGAUCAUUGCCCUCAAAGACCUCGUGCAGGAACAGGUUUACAUCCUAGGGGUGGGGCUUGCGGUCCAUGACAAGCUGGUGCACCCUGAAAUGCGUCCCCUGCACAAGAAGCUGAUAGAUCAGUUCCAGAUGAUGAGGAGCAGUCUCUAUGGUCUGCCGGGAUUGGACAAGCUGAGUCCUGCCUGUUCUGGUGCCAGCACCACAACAGGCAUCCUGGCUACGCACAGCCCCAUGACCCCCGACAGCUUCAAACUCAUUCACAGGCACAGUCCGCUGAAUCUGCUGGGGUCUAUCCGCCACUCGUCCUCCUCACUGUCCUCUCACACCUCCAGCGAGACGGGUAACCUGGUGAUCCUGACGGACAGCAUGGUGGUGGAGCACCCCGAGGACGUCUACCGUAUGCAGCCCAGUCCUUCGUCCUCCAGUCUGAGCUCCACCCACUCAGCCCCCUCCCAGAUGAUGAACUCUGCCUCCAACAGUAUCAGAGGCUCCCCGUCGCUGCCAGAAAAAUACAGACACAACCGUGAGAUGUUGAUGCUGCUGCCUCUGCACCGUGAGAGACCCAGCUCCGCCAUGUACCCCUACAUCACUGAGAACGGACAGCCAACUAACUUCCAGCGAGCGUUGUUCCACCAGGUGAUUGGUCCGUGCAAGCCCUGUAGCGACCCUAACCUGUCCGUAGCAGAGAAAGUCCUGACCACCCCCAGCUCCUGGAGUCUGAACAGUGGUACCAGAGAGGCGUUGCCGUUCUUGUCCGCCCACGUUGGGAGUUUGACGGCUCCCCCAGUCCCGCCCCGUAGCCUUCCCCAUGGACACUUCUCCAUGCACUUUGAUGCUUUCCACCACCAGAACAGCGACCUCCCUCCAGCUCUCCCUGCGCGCUCCUCUUUACGAAAGUCACCCCUGCACCCUAUACCUGCCUCGCCCACCAGUCCGCAGUCCGGCCUGGAUGGCAGUAACUCCACCCUCUCUGGCAGCGCCUCCUCCGGCGUCUCUUCCUUGAGUGAGAGCAACUUGUUGGGCCAGUCCUGCUCCACCGAGCCCUCUGGAACUACCAGCAGACACCCAGCAGGCACCCUGGACUCUGUCUCCAUCACCCCCAGCACGGUGCACUCUAUCUGGGCCAUAGACGGAGAAGACCUGGGAAUGGACUCCCCCUCUAGUUCCUACCUGCCUGUCCGAUACAGCGUCUCCGAGCCAGAGGUUCUGGAUGGCUCCAAGCCCCCUCCCUGCCGUAGCCACUCCGCCCCUGGGUGGGUCACCCCGGUCAGCACCCCUAUUAUCCCCGUCCUCCCAGAGGCCCGCGGCCUAAACAUCCAGAACCUGCCCCACUACCACCAGGAGCCCCCGCCCGCCCUGCCCCCCAAGCCCUACCUGAGAGACGGGUGUAUCCCGGAGGAAGGGGUCAUUCCCGCCGUGCCCAGGCCCACGCCACGCAAGAUCUCUCAGCCUCUCAUCACCUCUAAGGAAGAGCAGGCCAAGGUGACGUGGGAGCACGGCAUCACAGAGGACUAGAGAGCAGGCCAAGGUGACGUGGGAGCACGGCAUCACAGAGGAGUAGAGAGCAGGCCAAGGUGACGUGGGAGCACGGCAUCACAGAGGAGUAGAGAGCAGGCCAAGGUGACGUGGGAGCACGGCAUCACAGAGGAGUAGAGAGCAGGCCAAGGUGACGUGGGAGCACGGCAUCACAGAGGAGUAGAGAGCAGGCCAAGGUGACGUGGGAGCACGGCAUCACAGAGGAGUAGAGAGCAGGCCAAGGUGACGUGGGAGCACGGCAUCACAGAGGAGUAGAGAGCAGGCCUGGGGUUUAUUCAGUGAUGCAGUGAUGUGAAUGUUUCAGAUAUAAAUAGUAUGAAUAGAGCUGACACCUAAUCCCCCCCCCCCC